AUGCUGCUGGGGCGGGGCCUGGAGGAGGGCAGUGGGAGGAGCUGGGACGAGGAGGCCAUGGGAGGAGAGGUUCUGCACAGACAGAACUCCACCCAGGGUUCCAGGUUCUCCCACACAGUGACGGGCCUGCAACCCUGGAGCCAAUACCAGUUCAGCAUCCGCUCUGAGAACCCUGCUGGAUAUGCCCACAGCCCCUGGGUCACCGUGACAACCAGACAGGCCCCCCCUCAUGGACUGGCACCCCCCCAGCUCCACCACGUUAAGGACCGCCCCUCGGAGCUCCUGGUGUCGUGGGCUCCACCCCUGGAGACCAACGGGGUCCUAGUGUCCUAUCGUCUGCACAGAGACAACAUGACCUUCUCCUUCAGCCUGGACCCUGGAGUGCUGAGCUACACCGACCAUGGCCUGCAGGCCUUCUCCUCCUACCAAUACUCUGUCACUGCCUGCAACACUGCCGGCUGCAUCACCAGCCCCUCCGUGCAGAUCACUACCCUGCAGGCCCCCCCCGCUGCAGUGGUACCUCCCACAUUCCCCAGCAUUACGGCCCACAGCAUCAACGCCUCCUGGAGCGUACCACUGGUCCAGAACGGGGAAGUGACGCAGUACGUGCUGCAGGUCAACGGUGAGGAGGUGUACCGUGGACGGGGCUUACAUGCGGAGAUGACGGGCCUCCACCCGCACACUCUCUAUCGGCUCGUCCUAUUGGCUUGCACUAAUGGGGGGUGUACCCCCAGCCCCGCCAUCCCCGCCAUGACCCAGGAGGCCCCCCCGACCGGACUGCCCCCUCCUUCUCUCAAGGUCACAGGCCCACAAUCCCUAGAGGUGACAUGGGAACCACCGGAACGCCCCAACGGCGUCGUCAAGGGUUACGAGCUCCGCAGAGACGGCGAGGUGAUCUACAUCGGCAUGGAAACGCCCGUGGCUCGGUGA